AUGGACGACAGAAACGGCAUUGUAGCCGAUUUUCAGGCCAUCACCGGUAUCGAUAAUACAGGAGAAGCAUUGAUGCACUUGUCGAAUUUCAAUUGGGAUUUGCUGGCCGCCGUCCAACAUGUCACGCCACAACACACUCAACACUUGCCUUCUGAAGGACGCAGUACUCAAUUGAGCACACCAACUGUAAUGAUUGCAGACGAUUUCAGCGGUAUGACUGCAUCAACGUCAAAUGAAACUCGCCGUUUAAUUACCAUCGAGAUUGAACAACAUGGCCAUAUUAUUGCCACAUUAAAAGUCAACGAUGGUUCAACAAUAGAUGAUUUAAAAACAUUGGUCUAUGCGGAAUGUAACAUACCAUGUUGUCUACAAAACUUUAAUGGAUGGCCAAAUAAUCAACUCCCUUCCAAUAAAGAUACACUUUCCAAACUGAACCUUCCAGAUAGAUUUAAGCUAAAUCUUAUUAGAGGUGAUGAAGAUUUAAAUCAAGAGCUGAAUGGAAGAGCUAACUUGCGAAUGUUCACUCUAAACAUAACAAUGGAGGCUACAACUUCAAGUGAAUACCAAGUUUAUAAAUUGUCAUUCUCGUCUAAUCAGACUGUUGCACAAGUGAAAGAAGCUGUUGCUAACUUAACUAAAUUACCUAUUAGUAAUCAACAAUGGUUAGGUUGGCCACAUUUUGUUACUCCUGCUACAACUUUGGAAGAAUCUCAUAUUAAUUACCCAGUACAUGAUUUUAAAUUGAAGCCUUCAAAUUCAAUACUUAAACAUACCAGAAGAAGAUACAACACUAGAUUAAAUUCUGUUGUUGAUAUGGAAACAAGUGAUUCUCCAAUGCCUUCAUCAUCUACUUCAUCUUCGUCCACAUCAUCAUCAUCUUCUGAGGAAGAUCCAUUUGAAGAUGCAGCAGAAUCAUUAAGUGGUAUUGAUGAUGAUGAUGAUGUAGAUACUAUGUUCAUGGACACAGAGGCGCCUACUCGGAUCCGACCAUUAAUUGCUGAAGAUACUGAAGAUGAACUUGCUGGUUGCAUUCAAUUCAUUGAUGAAUUUCAAAAUCGUUAUGGUGAUAUGAGACCUCAGUUUUUUUUGGGAACACUUGAUCAAGCUAUCAAAAUUGCAUGUUUUAAACCUGCUAAAGAUAAACGUUUAUUAGCUGUUUACUUACAUCAUGAUCGCAGUGUAUUGUCAAAUGUAUUUUGUACACAACUAUUAUGUUUUGAAUCAGUCGUUCAGUAUCUCAAUACAAAUUUUUUAGUAUGGGGAUGGGAUAUGACACACCCUUCUAACAGAAAUAGAAUAUUGCAAUCAGCUUCUUUGUCGCUGGGUACAAUGGCCGAAAUAACUUUGAGAGCUAUUGACAUAAACAGACUACCAGCUUUAGUGUUAUUUACACGUAAUCGGUCAAACACGGAAAUAUUAUCAGUUAUAAAUGGAGACUGCAAUAUAAGUGAACUACUAUCGAGCCUUAUAAAUGCCCAAGAAAUGUUUGCUAUACAACAGCAAGUUGAAAUUAAAGAAGAAGGGGAACGUAAUAUGCGAGAAAUGAUUAAAGUAGAACAAGAUGAAGCCUAUCAACAAUCAUUGGCUAUUGAUCGAGCUAAAGAAGAAACAAAAAGAGUGCAAGAAAUGGAAGAAAAAGCAAUUCGAACUCAAAUUGAAAGUCAAGAAAGACAGGUCGCCGCAGAAAAAGAGGCUAUUCGUCAACGUAUAGUUGCAUCUCUUCCGGCCGAACCAGAACCGGGUGAUCAAGUUGCAAAAAUCAGAUUCAGGCUUCCUCUUGGAAAGUUUUUAGAACGGCGGUUUUUGGCAUCAGAUAAUCUUCAAGUGUUGUUUGACUAUUUAUAUAUAAAUGGAUUUAGUCAAGAAGAAUUCAAAGUAAUAUCUAGUUGGCCUAGAAGAGAUUUAACAACACUAGGUGUGACUCAAACCAUGAAAGAACUUAAUCUGUAUCCACAAGAAACAUUAACUCUAGAAGAACGAUAA